CAAAGAUGGCGGCCUCGGAUUCUGGAAAUGGCCUGCCCCAAACAAAGAUGGCCUCCGCGACGGGAGGAACCGGAAGCGCGAGUCUGGCUGCAGCGCGGGUGCGCGGUAAGCGCGAGAACGCGCAGGGCGGCGCGGUUCCGGGCAUGAAGCUGGGCCGGGCCGCGCUGGGCCUGCUGCUGCUGGCGCCUUUGGUGGUGCGGGCGGUGGAGCCCAUCAGCCUGGGCCUGGCGCUGGCCGGCGUCCUCACCGGCUACAUCUACCCGCGCCUCUUCUGCCUCUUCACCGAGUGCUGCGGCCAGAAGCCGAGCCUCAGCCGGGAGGCGCUGCAGAAAGAUCUGGACAGCAAGCUCUUUGGACAGCAUCUUGCAAAGAAAAUCAUCUUAAAUGCUGUGUCUGGUUUCAUAAACAACCCGAAGCCCAAGAAACCUCUCACCCUCUCCCUACAUGGGUGGACAGGCACUGGCAAAAAUUUUGUCAGCAAGAUCAUCGCAGAGAAUAUUUAUGAGGGUGGUCUGAACAGUGACUAUGUCCACCUGUUUGUGGCCACGCUGCACUUUCCACAUGCUUCGAAUAUCACCCUGUACAAGGAUCAGUUACAGUUGUGGAUUCGAGGCAACGUGAGUGCCUGUUCGAGGUCCAUCUUCAUAUUUGAUGAAAUGGAUAAGAUGCACGCAGGCCUCAUAGAUGCCAUCAAGCCUUUCCUAGACUAUUACGACCUGGUGGACGGGGUCUCCUACCAGAAAGCCAUCUUCAUAUUUCUCAGCAAUGCUGGAGCAGAAAGGAUCACGGAUGUGGCUUUGGACUUCUGGAGGAGUGGCAAGCAGAGGGAAGAAAUCAAGCUCAAAGACAUCGAGCAUGCUUUGUCUGUGUCGGUCUUCAAUAACAAGAACAGUGGCUUCUGGCACAGCAGCUUAAUUGACCGGAACCUCAUCGAUUAUUUUGUCCCCUUCCUCCCGCUGGAAUACAAGCACCUGAAAAUGUGCAUCCGAGUUGAAAUGCAGUCCCGAGGCUAUGAAAUUGACGAGGACAUUAUAAGCAGAGUGGCUGAGGAGAUGACAUUUUUCCCCAAAGAGGAGAGAGUUUUCUCUGAUAAAGGCUGCAAAACUGUGUUCACCAAGUUAGAUUAUUAUUACGAUGACUGACAGCCCAGGAGUCACUGCUUCGAGUUGAAGAAACAACACUCGGUCCUUCCCCACACCUCCCCGCUCCUGUCCCUGGGAGAGGAGCGAGAUGGGUGUUCCCUGCCUUGUGUGGCAGGGCUACUCCUGGGCAUUGUUUUCACCUGGAGCCUGCAGGCCAUCACACCCUAGGGACCAUGGGCAGGACACAAGCCUUCAGAGGAGGACAGAGCGGGCUCCCAGCACACCCAUUGCGGGGCUCGUGAUUUUUUUUUAAUUAUGUUUUAAUUUCAAGUGUGUCUGUUUUGAGGAGGGACAAAUAAGUUUUAUUGAAAAUGUGAUACCUUUAUUUAAAAUGGUUUUUAACAUUAUGAGAAACUUCUUGGAUUCUAAGUAAUCGUUUUUUUGUGUUUUUUAUGUUCCCGUCAUUAUAACAUACACUGUGAUAUCUUUACUGCAAAAAAGCCCAAGCACGAGUCUCUGGCGUGGAUUCCAUAGAACAGCAUUCCUGGGGACAAGGCUGGAGCACUGGCCGGAUCUGCCCCAGAGUGACCAGGGGCAGCACGGUGCUUGGAUAAACGGACAAGUAAGAGGACACGCUCAGCACCACAGAUGAACCCGCAAUGUCCUUUCCAAGGGAACGGUCUCAGCAAUGCUGUGAGCAUUUGUUAGAACCAGAGUCUUUUGGAAGAAAAGUAUUUCCAGCUCGUCACUUGCCAGUGCUCGGCUUUGCAAGGGCAGGCCCGUCUCCACUCUCUGUUCCCGGGUGAGCCGUGAGCACUGCGAGUUCUCUGCUGGAUGCAAAUCAUCACGCGGUGAUUUUGCUGCAUUAAAACAUUUUUCCUCAUUUAUCACUAGUUUUUGUUACGUUGAAUCAGAACCCCCUAAACCUAGGAAGGCUUAGCUGACCCUUCUGAGAACAGUGUUUUCAUUUAUAAAUGCAAACAGAUACCAUUUUGCAAUAAAAUUUUGUGUGUGAAA